GCUCAAACCAGGUCCCUGUAAAGAUGUCUGAGCAGGCGGGGAGGGAGCGGAGCGGAGGACCCGAAACAAACGGACAGAACCCACGACUCUCCGCAAUUUAACCAGUCAAGGCAGGUCGAUGUCAUUCUGACGAGCAGCUGAGAUGUCCAAUGACAGCCAGGUAUCGGUGAAAGGGGAGGUGGCCAUCAUGCCGUCUCCCUCUGGCUCCGCCUCAUCUCAAGAACCGCCCCUUUCUCCGUCCACCACCUCCAAACCACCUGAGCUCCCAGAUGAACUGGUCCAGGCUGGAUGGUCUAAGUGCUGGUCUCGGAGGGAGAACCGACCGUAUUAUUUCAACAGAUUCACCAAUCAGAGCCUGUGGGAGGUGCCAGUGCUGGGUCAGCAUGAUGUCAUCUCUGAUCCUUUAGGUCUGAAUGCGGCUUCGUCAGACAGCGGCGACAGUAACGGUCAGAGGAAGAGGAGGAUCUCUGAGGAGCAGGGGGCGGGGCCUAACAGCAUCAAAAGAGUCAAGGUGGAGCCCACCACCCCCAUCUCUCCCAGCACCCCUGGGGCCAAACCCUGGAACUCCGCCCCUGAGGACAAACCGACCCAACCGGCGACACCCACGACGCCAAGUCCCGCCCCUGCCCCCGCCCCCGCGGUAUACAGGCCAGCUGUUAUCUACUGGGAUCUGGACGCCCAGACCAACGCGGUGAUCCGAGAGCACCCCCCCGCCAACCACCUGCCCCCCCACCCUGAGAUCGAGCUGCAGAGAGCUCAGCUGGUCACCAAACUCCGGCAACACUACCACGAGCUGUGUCACCAGAGAGAAGGUAUUGAUCCGCCCCGGGAGUCGUUCAACCGCUGGCUGCUGGAGAGGAAGGUGAUCGACAAAGGUCACGACCCCUUGCUGCCGAGCGACUGCGAGCCCGUCAUCUCCCCGUCCAUGUUCAGAGAGAUCAUGAACGACAUUCCCAUCAGGUUGUCGCGUAUCAAGUACAAAGAGGAGGCCCGUAAGCUGCUGUUUAAAUACGCUGAAGCUGCCAAGAAGAUGAUUGACUCCAGGAAUGCGAGCCCAGAGAGCCGGAAGGUGGUGAAGUGGAACGCUGAAGACACCAUGAGCUGGCUGCGCCGAGAUCACUCCGCCAGCAAAGAGGACUACAUGGACCGUCUGGAGCACCUGAGACAACAGUGUGGUCCUCACCUCACCGCCGUGGCCAAAGACUCUGUGGAGGGAAUCUGCUCCAAGAUCUACCAGCUGUCUGCAGAGUACAGCCGCCGGAUGAGACAGACACACCUGAGUCUACUCCAGGACCCCCCCACGGAGGCCAGUGCGUCCCCCCAGCAGUCCCGGCUGGUCUACUGUUACCCGGUGCGUCUGGCGCUGCCCUCGCCGCCCCUCCCUCGAGUCGAGCUGCACUUUGAGAACGACGUGUCCUGUCUACGCUUCAGAGGGGAGAUGGUCAAGGUCAACAGAGGUCACUUCAGCAAACUGGAGUUGCUGUACAGGUACAGCUGUAUAGACGACCCUCGCUUUGAGAAGUUCCUGUCCAGAGUCUGGUGCCUCCUCAAGAGAUACCAGGUGAUGUUUGGCAGCGGCGCUAACGAGGGCACCGGCCUGCAGGGGGCGCUGCCCGUGUCGGUGUUCGAGGCGUUGAUCCGACAGUUCGGCGUUUCCUUCGAGUGUUUCGCGUCGCCGCUCAACUGCUACUUCAAACAGUUUGGCUCCGCCUUCCCCGACACCGACGGCUUCUUCGGCUCCAGAGGACCGUUCCUGUCUUUCUGUCCAGUCAGCGGCUCGUUUGAAGCCAACCCUCCGUUCUGUGAAGAGCUGAUGGACAUCAUGGUGACGCACUUUGAGGCGCUUUUGGAGAAGUCCUCCGAGCCGCUGUCCUUCAUCGUCUUCGUCCCCGAGUGGCGCGACCCCGUGACCCCGGCUCUGACCCGCAUGGAGGGGAGUCGGUUCCUCCGCCACCAGCUGAACAUCCCGGCCUUCGAACACGAGUAUCGCUCUGGGAGUCAGCACAUCUGCAAGAGAGACGAGAUGUACUACCGGGCGGUGCACGGUACUGCGGUGCUCUUCCUUCAGAACGACGCCGGUUUUGCGAAGUGGGCGCCGACUCCGGAGCGUCUGGCCGAGCUGAUGGCGGCGUACCGCCCCUCCCCCUCUCGCCCCGCCACCCUGUCCUCACCUGGCCCCGCCCCUAUUACCCCCGGAGACAAAGACUCCACCCCCAAGGCCGCUGAUAGGACGCAGAGCGAGGUGAUGUCACCUGGUGGCCAUGACGAUAACAACAACAGCAACACCACUACAACCACCAACGACAGCAGCAACAACAACAACAACAACAACAGUAGUAGUGCUGGUAGCACGAGUAGCAGUAGCAGCAGUAGCAGCACCAGUCCUCAAGAAAAGAUGGCCACCGUGUAAAUGGGGCGGGGCUUGUAUUGUGUAAAGUUUAUCUGUUUUUGAUCGUUGUCUCGUCCCUUCAGAUUGUCCCUCACCAGCACCUGUAGCAUCUGCCCACAUACCCACAAUGCCGUUCUGGACCAACGAUAACCCCUCCCCCCCCUUACAUCAGCUCUUCUGAUUGGUCAAAGCUCUGACGUCACAGCUUCUGGAGCUUUUCAUUCGCCUGCAGCUGAGUCACCUCAAGUUGUGGCUGCCAGUUAGAAGAUGUAGUUAAGCUCCAGCAAUAAAAAAAACUCUUUCCACUCACCUGUGAUGUCACCCGUGACAUCUGAUUGGUCCCCCACACCGACAGGGCUCGGUGAUUGGUCGACAAGGCAGCUAUCGUUUCUAUUGGACUUGUCUUUCCCUUAUUGAGUUGGAAAAAAACUUCAGGCCCCGCCUCCUUCACACGGUCUGACCAGUCGGUGCGCGUUCUUUUUAGAGGUUUAACCCUCUCCGGUCUGCGGUGCAUUGUGGGAAAUUUGUCGCGCAGCACUGGGGGGGGGGGGGUUUGCAGGGCGAAGGAGGCGGAGUCAGAACUGGUCGGCGAUGGUCGAUGUCUCCUCCCAGAGAGGAGACGAUUCAGACUUCCUGUGGCGUCGUUGUUAACCAGGAAGACCAGAGACCAGGUGUGUUGGGUCACCAGGUGGAGAUGAUCCUCCAUUUUUAUGUAAAGUUGUGAAGUGUGAGAAGUUUAAUUCAGGGUUACGUUAUGUUUUCAUUGACAGAACCCUGUUUACCACAUAAAGCAGCAUUUUUCUCCUCAUAUACUUUUCUCAAAAUAUUUUUCUCGUCAUGUCAACUUUUUAGAAAAUGUAUUCAGACCUUUUCUGGAAAUGUCUCCUUUUUUCUAUUUUUCUUCUAUUUUCCUUGUAAUAAGACUUUUAUUUUGUAUGACUUUUUAUUUUUUUUUUGGUCAAAAUAUAUGUUUCGGUUUAAUACUCUUAAACUUGCCAUCUGGUUUCAUUUAGGAUUGAACGCGUUUACGAAACACAAAGCGUUUAAUACUGAAGAACAUUAAAGGAACCGGCGACUCCUCACACUUCGUAACCGUGGAUGUAGAACGAGAACUGGAACCCGAAGACGGACCUUUGUUUGUUUUGUUAGUCCUGUGAGACCCAAAAAUGUUGGCCCACUCUAAAUAUGCACAAUAAGGUCUCUCCAUCUGUAUCCGCCCACAAGUACCAGCUCCGCCCACAUAAUUUACAUAAUGACAUCAUUAUUAUAAUUUGUUCUCUGUUUGAGGACAGUUUUAAAAAUCCUUAAUGAGUACAAAAAAAGAUCUUACCGGCAUCCCUUUUCUGAUGAGGGUCUUUGGCUGCGUCCAGUUCUUAUUGCACAUCCAGUCUGUUCUCUGAUUGGUCGACGAGUCGUCCAAUCGGGCGCCUGUCUCCGUGCGACACCAGUUUCUGCCCCCUGGCCCGUGUAGAUACUGUACAGUUAAACUGAUAUGAAGUCUGUUAAUGUUAUUUUUUUCCUCAUCUGCUGUUUUUAAAAUUGAUUGGAGAACAAAAAACAAAAAAAAGAAAGAAAUUGAGUUUUCUGUAUUCUUCGGCUCACGUUAGUUUGUUUUGAACUAAAACCAAAGUGUUAUUAAGAAAGUCUAUAUCUUGUAUGUAAAAGUAGACGUGUGUAUGCAUCAGUAAUGCUGAAGUCUAACCAGCAGACUACUCCUCCACAUUAUUUUUAUAAUUCUCAGCUGUUCUUUUCUUUUUUUUUAGGUUAUUUGGGGGUUUUGUUGUGCAUGAAACCUAAACGUAAUUCUCAAUGAGUUAUUUCGGGGCCGUUCUAGUUUGAGCCUUUUUAAAGGAACAGGCCGAUGUUUUGGUAGGUCGUGUUUUACUGUUUUAUGGCGCCAUGCGAGCAGUUUCCACACGUUUCCAGUCUUUGUGCUAAGCUAGGCUAAUGUUGGACUGUCCCUUUAAAUAUUCCUGGAAAGCCAGAAACCCUUUUUUUAAUUGUAAUUAAGAUUGAAUUUAAUUUUCUCCCUUAGUUGCAAUUUAAUUUGAUUAGUUUUCUCGUCUUUAUGGCUUCUGCGUUUUCAUAAUUUCGAGAAAAAUUACAUUUUUAUGAUUUGUAUAAAAAUAAUUACGAAAUAGAAUUAUUGUAAUUGUGAGAAAAUGACACUCGCGAUAAAUUUUAAUAUCGAGAAGAUUUUUUUAUCCCAAAACAUUUUGUCUUUGUUUUACUUGAACUCCGUGUCUAAUAAAUACAACGUAAAUAUCUUGUAUUUAUUAGAUAAAGGUCUUGUCGCUACGCAAAAUUAAUAUUUAUCACAUAAUUGAUGGAACUUCAUUUUGAGAAAAGAUUUCAUGACAUUUCUUGUAUUUGUGGCAUCCAUAGAUAAAAUGUUUUAAAUUAUAAUUACGAAAAACCGUUUUCUGUUUUACGACGUACAGAUCUCGUGAUCACGGCGAGAUAAGUUAAUCGCAAAAGAACUGAUGACAAAGAACCGGUGAAGUUGCACAAUGUCUUUUUGUGUAAUUAUGAUUUACGAAGUUCUUAUAGUUAUUUCGAGAUCGUUUAGACUUCAAUUAAAAGAUAGCGCCUCGUGAUUAUAAACGUAUAAAACAGAAGUCGUAAUUACAAGUUGCCGCCCACAUGUUGUUUUGUCUUUGCUGAAUACGAUGUUUCUUUAUAGUCUUGAUUGAAACCGGUGAGUCGUGUGUUUCCUGUAGAUUCGGUGAAACCGCUCAAGUCUGGUUUGAAUAUGAAAAUAUGACCGUCGGUGUGACGGCACGGCCGGAGAAUGUAAAUACAGUCUUGUCCCUUUUAUCCUGCCUGCAAAACCAAAUGCAGCUUCACUCUCCCAGUAAAGACAUAUCCAACCCA